GAGAAAGACCCCAAUCACACUCAAUAUGUCUUCUCUAAUCAACAGCCUCCUCCACGCUACACACUUCCGCAACCCAUUCCUCCGCACUCUCGUCCCAUCCAUCGGUCUCGCAUACGGAAUCCAAGCAGCAGCUGCGAUCCCCUCAAUCAUCUUCCAAACCGAACGGUUCUACGAUCUCUCAGGCUCCUUGACAUACAUCUCCUGCGCCGCUCUUUCCCUCUACCUCCCCACCAUCCGCGCCCGCCUUGCAGCAGGACCAGGAAGCACGGCUGCAGCAUGGCCUAGUCUGCUGGCAAGCUUGACGAGCAAAGGAGGCGUCAAUGCAUGGAAUUGGAGACAAGUAGUAUUGAGCGCGGCAGUGACAUUUUGGGCAGCGCGGUUGGGAACUUUCCUCUUCUCGCGUAUCACGGCGGAAGAUGGACGGGAUAGUCGAUUCGAUGGCAUCCGUGAGAAACCGGCAAAGUUUGGUGUUGCGUUCUUCGCGCAGGCGACUUGGGUGUCAUUGUGCCUGAUGCCAGUUCUUGCAGUAAACAGUAUCCCAGCCACCACACUUGCGUCAUUGCCGUUUCUCACGAUUGUGGAUGUUGUGGGAUUGUUGCUUUACGUGGGAGGUAUCACAUUUGAGGCCACGGCGGAUAGGCAGAAGUCACAAUGGAUGAAAGAGAAGAAAGAGAAGAAGCAUUCGGAAGACUUCUUGACGCGUGGACUGUGGAGCAAAUCGAGGCAUCCGAAUUACUUUGGUGAGAGCACAUUAUGGACUGGUAUCGCGACCACGGCCGCCGGUGUGAUGAUGAGCAGUGUUGGACAGGCGGGUAUGGGAUUCAGUGGAGGCGCCGUUGGCAGAAUCGGUGCAUUGGCUAUGGCUGCUGUCAGUCCAGCGUUUGUGACUUUCUUGCUCUUCAAGGUGUCUGGCAUUCCCAUGUCCGAGAAGAAGUACGACAAGCGCUACGGCGACCGCAAAGACUACCAGGAAUGGAAGAAGAAUACACCAGUGUUCUUCCCCAAAUUCUAGACGCAGCCAUCAACAUGAACUCAAAUCUAUCUAGCUCACUUACGGCCUGAAUUCGGCAAUGUCUCUACAUGAAGGGCCAUAAACACCAAAACUCUUAGACUCAGUAACUGCGACGGUGGCUCAGUGGUUAGAGCGGUGUCCAAGAGUUCCUGACCCGAACCACAUUCCUGGCCUGAACAGCCUGAUCACAACCAGAGUGUACACUAGCAGCCAGAGAUGCAGCAGUCCGAAUUUACCUUGGAUUAUG